UUUUUUUUUCUUUUUGUGUAAAAACUGAUAUAGUCUUUUUUUUUUCAAUUAGAUUACUAUGACUGAUCAGGAAUUCCCGGUGAUCAAUAAACGAGCAGCAGUAGUCAUCAAUGACACACAUACCGAAGUAUUAGUGACAGGAUUUAGUGACAAGAUCUUCAUUGUGGUGACUCAGUAUGGUCGGAUUGGCAGCUUGAUUCAAACGACAUUAGAUAUAUCAGCUCACUUGGCACAAAAUCCAGCUUCAGUUCCUACCACCAGUCAGUUCUUACUUGGUGAAUCCAUUGGUCCUCAAAGCGACUUGUAUAGAUUAUAUGCUACGUCCAUCUCUCAAGCGAUCGCGGCCAUGAACCCAAAUGAAAAACGACCAGUCUUACUUGGUAUUGCUUUGAAACCAUUGGAUGAUAUGACUCAACAACGACAAACAUUCCACCCUAUUAUUGAUACCAUUAUGGCGAAUCCUGUUUGGUAAUAUCUUUGAUCACAUCUUUUCUUUUUGGUUAUUUGAUUUUCCCCUCGUCCUCUCUUUUUUUUUUUUUGUAUAGUUUAAUCAUUCUAAAAUAAAGAUCCA